GGAAACAGAAGCAGAUACUGUACAGUGAAGUGUUUUGCAAAUACCAGCUGACAGGAAAUGGCACUUGUGUUUUGGAUGGGUUGUUGCAACAGUUCCGCAACAAAGGGGAAUUUGUAAUGAAAAUGAGCACAGAACAAGAAAAGACUGGCUACGACAUACAGCACAGACAUUUGAUCUACUCUGCCUGCAUCUUAACUUCAGUAGCUCUGAUGUCGACCUAUGUGGCAGUGGUUGCUUUACACCACGUCCUUGCACUGAAAGGAGAAAUCUCAUCGAUGAGAGAGGAACUGGACACGUACAAACUCCACCUGGAAGCCCUGACAAAAUUAAAUAAGGCCCAAGCAGCCAAUUGGAGCAUUUCAGUGAACCAGCUUCAUGAGGUUUUUGAGGAGCAACUGUACCACGAGGCUAAAUCAAAAGCUGGAAUGAAGCUUAGAAUACACAGAUCACUCCCUGAAGAGACUCAGCAGGCCUGUGUACAACUGAUCGCUUCCAAUGUCCCAAGACGCACUGUAAGAGUGAGCAAUUGCCAGAAGUGCAUCCCAGGAAGGCCACAACAAUCCUGUCGAAUUGAACGGAGAGCUGACAUGAAUCAAAACCAAAUGGAAGCCACCACCGUCCCCUGGAUCCUCAGUUUGAAAAAAGGAAGGGCUCUCGACAAGAAAGACUUCUUCCUUGCAAAUCUUGGCGCCAUCAGUGACAAGCGUGGUGAAAGGUUUCACCAGGACUUUGCGGUCAUGGAGAAAUGGUAUCAGGGCAACUGGAAUCCAUCAAUGCUGGCUGAUUAUUAUUAGACAUUUCAACAAGGCUCAGACACUGACUGAAAAUGAAAAUCAUCAACAAAACAUUUUUAGAUUAGUUGAACUAUUGCAAAACAACAGCUCUGUUAUGCAAUUGAAUGCAUUAUAUUUAAUAAAAGUUAAUUUCCUGUUUCUUCAAAUUCCUAUGUGAUACAAGUAAUCUGAAAUUAUAUUUGUGUUUAGCCUCAAGAAGUCUAUCACAAGCAAAAAAAGAAUUCUGAGGAAACAGUAUUUAUGAAAAAAAUUGUUGUCCAGUGUAAUUGAGUGAAAGUUAUAUGCAAACAGAUUUUUAUUUCCGAAUUUGCUUCUUGUUUGAAAUUAAAAUAUUUAUGAGAUCUCUAUCAAUGCAUGGGUGUCCAUAAGUCAGGGGUUCAUAUCCUGGAAAGGGCCUGUAUACAGUAAAUGAGAAGGUUGGAGAAAUGGUGGCAUUUGGAAGCACGUGUUUGCCUUUGAAGUUUCAAUGGAAGCACAAGAUUUAUUAUUUGUUUUCUUUACCGACUGCAACAUUAAGACCAGAGCCGCCAUACCCGAACUGUACGAAACAACAUCUGGACUUGUGCCUCACCUUGCUUGAUUCCAAGGUUUAAGCCGGUACUACCCUUGUGACUAGCCAAUUUCGGAAUUGAGGUCCAGCUGUGGUGAAGAAAGGUGAAAGAGACUGCAGAUGCUGGAUUCAGAAAUAAAAACUAAAGAGCUGGACAAUAUCAGUGGAUCAAGCAACAUAUGUGGAGGCAAAGGAUGCUUAUUGAUGUUUCAGGUUGAAAUCCAGGAUCAGAACCAAAGGACCAAUAGUUCGGAAUGUACAUUUUGGAACGGUUUGAUUGUCCGUUUAGAAAUCUGAUGGCGGAGGGGAAGAAGCUGUUCCUGAAUUAUUAAGUGUGUGUCUUCAGGCUUCUGUCCCUCCUUCCCGAUGGUAACAAUGAGAGGAGGGCAUGUCGUGGGUGAUGGCAGUCCUUAAUGAUGGAUGCUGCCUUUUUUUUUGUAGCAUUGCUCCUUGCAGAUGUCUUGGAAGCUGGGGAGGCAGCAUCUGUGAUUGUAUAUUUAAGGGUAAUGGUAGAAAGAUUAGAAGGAAGUUAAGAAUAGUUUAAUUUUCAUUGGGAAUAUAGUGGGGUUCUAACACUUGCAGUCUGAAAGUAGUGGCAGAAACCUCCUCUUGUUUAACUACCUGAUUGAGGACUUAAAGUUUGGUGACCUACAGAACUUAAAGCUAAAAAUUGAGAUGUGGAGAUAAUCCCAAUAAUUGUCAUUUGGCAUGGACAUUAAAUCAGGUUUAUUAUCGCUGACAAAUGUUGUGAAAUUCAUUGUUCUGCAGUAGCAGUACAGUGAAAAAUAUAAACAUUACUUCAAAUUUCAAUAAGAAUAUAUAUAUAUUUUAAAAUAAAUAAAUACAAAAAGAGGGCAAAAUAGUGAGGUAGUGUUCAAGAUUUCAUGGACUGUUCAGAAAUCUGAUGGCUGAGGGGAUGAAGCUGUUCCUAAAAUGUUGAGUGUAUGUCUUCUGGUUCCUAAUCCUGCUCUCUAAUGGUAGUAAUGACAAAAGGAGAAUGUCCUGGAAGGUGAGAGUCCUUAAUGAUAGAAGCCGCCUUCUUGAGACAUCACCUUUUGAAGAUGCCCUUGAUGGUAAGGAGGCGGGUGCUCAUGAUGAAGCUGGCUGAGUUUACAACCUUCUGCAGCCUUAUUUGCUGCUGUGCAUUGGUGCCUGCAUACCAGACAAUGACGCAACCUGUCAGAAUGCUCUCCGCAGUACAUCUAGAGAAAUUUGUCAGAGUCUUUGACGGAAGAAAAAACUGGCUGAAAUCUUCUUGGUGGCGUACCAAAUCUCCUUAACUCCUAAUGAAAUGUAGCCGCUCCCGUGCCUCAGUAUGUUGGGCCCAGGAUAGAUCCUCAGAGAUGUUGACACCAGGAACCUGAAGCUGCUCAUCCUUUCCACUGUGGACCCCUUGAUGAGGACUACUGCACGUUCUCCCGAUUUACUCAUCCUCCCAUGCAUUCAUUGCUCCAUAAAUCUUUUGAUUACCAUUUGUUGAAUUACAAGCCUUAAAAUUCUCAUAAAAUUCUCAAAUAAUAAUUCGACUUGUUUUUAAUGGUGCACUGAUUACCAUGGUUUGCAGUAUUUCAUCAUGUCACACUGAGGGCUUGUCUAAAUAUGGGGAGGUUUGCUGAGGAAUGGGUCUUUUGAUCAUGAACAUUUCAAUUAAAAAAUCAUUUGUACAGUACAAAAGGAGUGAGCUUGUUGCCACUGUCACAAGAGGGAUUUGGGGAAUGACAGCAAUUUAAUGUCCUAUUUUCUUGAUGUAAUUGUGCUGUUGCAAACUUACUUGCUAAUGUAGCGUGCAUUUUUUGAAUACUUACUCCAAAAUUGUACAGGCAAGUCUAUCGGUGUAAACAUUACUUAAACCUAUAAUGACUUGUGAACUAUGGAAUGACCUUGUUUUGUAAAACAACACACACAAAAUGCUGGAGGAACUCAGCAGGUUAGGCAGUAUCUAUGGAAAAGAGUAAACAAUUGAAAUUUCAGACCGAAGAGAGGGGGAAGAUGCCAGAAUAUAAAGGUAGGUGGACGAGAAGGAGAUAGAUGAAGCCAGGUAGGUGGGAAGGGUAAAGAGAUAGAGAAGAGAUCUGAUAGGAGGGGAGAGUAGAGCAUAGGAGAAGGGAAGGUGGAGGGGGACCCAGGUGGAAGAGAUAGGCAGCUGAGAAGAAAUUUAACGUCAGAGUGGGGAAUAGAGAAAGAGGAGGGAGGAAAUUUGUUUACCAAAAGGUGAAAUUGGUAUUCAUACCAUUAGGUUGGAGGGUACCUAGAGUUCCCCCCCACCAUCUUUUUAUUUUGGCAUCUUCCCCCUUCCUUCUCAGUCCUGAAGAAGGGUGUCAGCCCAAAAUGUUGACCAUCUACACAUUUCCAUAGAUGCUGCCUGACCUGCAUUUUGUCUGUGUUGCUCUGGAUUUCCAACAACUGCAGAUUUUCUCACAUUUGUGUUGUA